GGCAAGAAAUGGAAAGGCUCAAAAAAGUUGUAUAUGCCUUUAAACAUAAGGGACCAUCAUUGGGUUGCAGUUAAAGUAGACUUACAAGCAUUAGAGUUGAUUGUUUAUGACUGCAGUAUUGGAGCGACCUCAUCAAAAGAAAUGGAUGCUUUGAUGUUGCCACUCCAAACGAUGAUUCCGACUAUGCUUCGUGUAUCUUCACAAUUUGAGGACAUAGCACAAUGUCUUCACAAACCAAGGACAUAUACACGCUUACUUAGUGUUCCACAAAAUUCAAGGGGAGAUUGUGCAGUGUACACAAUUAAGUUCAUUGAGUUUGACAUGGCUGGUUGUACUUUUGAUCGUCUUUCAGAUGACAUGAUACCAUUCUACAGAAUGAAGAUGGCAGUAGAUAUUUUUUGUCAAGAUUGGGAUCUUUAGUAAUUUGUAUAUUUUAAAAUGUUUGGAUAGUUUCAAGAAUGACAAUGUUUUAAAAACUUUAUACGUAGUU